AUGAGAUUAUUUGGAUUAAGAUCUCAUCAAUCUUCAAUUACAUAUAUCCUUCCUAUUAACAAUAAUAUAAUAUUUUCAGCGGAUCAAAAUGGUUAUAUUAUAAAGUGGAAUUUAUCAAUUAAAAGACCAAUACUAAAAUACAAAGCUCAUAAUGAUUCAAUAACUACUUUAAUUUUAUUACAAAAUAAAUAUAUUAUAAGUCACUCGAGGGAUUCAACUAUAAAAGUUUGGUUAGAUGAUGAAUGUAAAUUUGAAAUGGCAGUCAAUGCUUUAAAUUUUUCGAAUAUCAUAUUAUUCAAAGAUGAGUAUUUGAUAACUCCAUCUACUAUAGAUUCAAAUAAUUUGGAUAUUUAUAAAUUGACAGUUAAAAAUGAAGAAUGGAACUUACUGAGAUUAAUUUCCAAUUUUUCUUGCUUUCAAUUACUUGAUAAAAACCCAAUUGAAUCUAAUGAAAACAAUUUAAAAGGGCGUCAAGAUUUUGGAAUAAUUAUGAAAAUUUAUUUAAUUGAAUCAAUUGUAUAUAUUGGAUUUGAAUCUGGUGAUGUAAUUGGAUUAGAAAUAACAAUACCAGAAUCUAAAAUAAUUACGAACCAAAACUCCAAAACUAUUAUAAAUAAAGAAUUAAAGUUAUCAUUAAUUUAUCACAAUUCAACAACCGUACCUAAUCCAAUAAUCUCACUUUCAUCACUAGAUGGUUAUUUAGUUUCUGGAUCAACUAAUAAAAAAGUCAUCAUACAUAAAUCACCGCCAGAAAUUCUAAAAUUUAGUAAUUCUGGAACAAGCUCGAUAUUAUCUUAUAAUAAUAAAUUGAUAUUGGGGUUCUGGAAUGGUGUAAUAGAAUAUGGUGAUCAAAUUAUAGAAAGAAAUUUACCUCAAAUUAGAAAUGAAGAAUUGACUACAACUCCUUCAGAAAAUACAAUAUCAGACACAAAUAUCAAAUUAACAUUCAUGUGUUUGUUGAGAAAAAGUGAAGAUACAAAAGUAGAUGAAAAGAAAUCAAAAUAUCUAACUAAGUUGAAACGUACUCAAGCAAAUGAUAUUUUAUUAGUAGGUUACAUAGAUGGUUCAAUUUUGGCAUAUUCAAUAGAUUAA